AAUAAAAAGAUGCCAAUUCCUGCAGAUCCAGAAAGUUGUUCACAGUUCACAAUAUGAAAUCCCAGUCGACAAUAGUUCGUAAUGUUCCACAACAAGACUUAUCAAAUGAACUGAAAUUUUUUGUCAAGGGAGCAACUAAAAAAGAAAAAUGCAAUCCUCUAGAUUUGACAAAGUCUGCAUUGACCCUUCUGAAAUCUCUUCCAGCUUCUCGGGUGGCUGUGCUAGAAUAUUUUCGCUUCAUCUUUGAUAAUGCUGCUUUGAAUUACAUCAAAGCAAUAGAGACUGAAAUCAAAACAGGCAGUUUUUUAACAGUUCCUGAAACAGAUGAAGUGAUAGUUUCUGAAAUUCACACAUUAUUAAGUGUGCUCAUUUCAGGUAAUUCAGUAGCAUGGGCCCCUAUGAUCAGUACUUGGUCACUGGAGCUAUUAGGUGAAAUUUCCAGUAAAUAUUCAGGUCGAGCACACUUUUCAGCAAAUCUUAAUGAGACUCUACAGCUAUGGAUGGCAUGUAGAGCCACAAGAACUCUAGUGGAUAUCAACACCAAGUGUUUAUCAAGUCUAAUAUACUCAGAUACUGAGGCAUCUAUAAGUGCUCUUCUAGACACCUCCAUAAAACAUUCACCUCAUUUUGACUGGGUAGUAGCUCAUGUAGGAAGUUGUUUCCCAAAUACAGUGAUAACAAGGGUUCUUUCAUGUGGUCUUAAGGACUUUUGUCAAAAUAAAUCAUAUGAGCAGGGGUGUGACUCACCAAAACUCAAAUCAGUUGUUGGAAUAUUGGGGCAUUUGGCUGGCAGUCAUGUUGAAGAUAUAAGAGAAGCCAUUUUGGCCAUUUUCAAUUGGAGCCUGAGAGAAACUUUUGAAGACACAGACUUGCAUAGGUUACAGAAAAAAGCAACAGUUCCUUAUAUUCUUCAACUCUUUUACCUCUCAUCUACAUUACUAUCAGCAGUUUGCAUGAGCAUCAAAGAUACUUUAACUAUAGAGGUUAUUGGCAGAUUAUAUCAUUAUGUUGAAGAUUGGUGCAGAUAUUUUGGAACACCAGAAGCUUUGGAGGAAUUAUUAAUGACUUUGAUACUUCGUUGUGAACAAAGUGGUGCACAAAUAAUAAAACUGCUCCUGAACUGUAUCCAUUUAACAAAAAUCAGAGGAAAUGAUCAGAUGAAACUUAAUAUUGUGGAGAAGUCUAAAGAUAUCCUAUUUAAUGUGUUACAAGAAAUGGAAAAAUCAGUUAGACAUGCCAAUCCAGUGGGUAUUGUGAUUUCUAUAUCAAAAGAUUUGAAGGAAUUGGAAAACAUGUUUUUAAGCUCUGAAAAACUUGUUUUUGAAACUGCUGGACACCUUGUUAUACUCUUGGGUCACAUGAAUUCUUCAGCUAUGGUUACCUCAGCACAGUUUUUGUUACAAAAUGCCACAAAUGCAGAUCAACUAGUAUUAUUCCUGAAAUGUUUGACUAGUGAUCUUAUUGAUAAAACUACUCCACCAUAUUCAGAAAAAGGGGGUCAUUUUUCUGUAGUCCUGGAACAAAUACUAAGUCGCAAUAUACAGAAAUUUUUUGGAUCCAAUGAGGAAAAUUUGGAUUUAUCCCAAAUGUGGACCAACCUGUUGACUUUACUACAGUGGGAAAAAAGUGGAAGAGUACCUUGCCUCAAUUCGAAAAUCAUUACAAGGGCUUUGGAAGCCAAUUUGACCAAUUUAACAUCACUGUUUUCUAGUGAAGUGUUGCAUAUGCAUGUUAUCGCAGAUAUUUUAGAUACGAUGGAAAUUCCUAAACCAACUGAAUCUUACAGUCCUCCUAUUCAAGUUAUUUUGAAUUUGACUCAAUCAACUGUUAAUUAUUUCUUUGCCUGCUGUCAUGAUGAUGGUACAUCAAAGAAAUUGAAAGGAUUCCAGAAAGUUUGCCAGAUUCUCAAGAGGCUCUGUACAUAUUCCAAGGUGGCAAAAGUGCUGGCAUUGAGAGAAUUAUUAGAAAGUGCCUUAUUCAGAAGUGAUAAUGUGCUCUUUGGGGCCAACAACAUUGAACAUGAUUAUGAAAUGGAUAAGGGCCUUUUAAAACAAAACAAAAAGAUCAAUAAAACAAUACCCCUGACAAAACAUUCAUCAGUAUUCAAUGGUGGAAUCAUAGGCACAGGCAAAAGAAAGUCCGUUUGCUUUGAUGAGCUUCCUUCUCAUGUUGUAGCAAACAACAUUUAUCAACUGAUUAAUGCUAUAAAGGCAUGUUGUGCUUUGCUGGAAGAAAAUAAAUAUACUGAUAUGUCAUGGGAUAGUAUGACAUUAUUAUCGUUGCUUCUCGUUCAAUUUGUCAGCCCUGAUGUGAUGUAUAAUGGGUUGCCUUGGCCAGAGGAAGAUUUUUCAAAGGUAACUAUGGAAAGAGACCUCUUUAUAAGACGCAUGUUCACCAACACGCCUCUAUUGUGGGAACUUCUUAGCUUCGUGGCUGUUUAUAGACCAGCCAUAUGUUACUGUUCAGUGCUGAUACGAGCGCUCACAGCCACAUUGAUGCACCAAUGGAAGAGCAUGGGUGAACAGAGCAAAAGCGGAUUGUCGGAGAACUACAAAAAUCUCAUGGACACCACAAUAAGGGUGAUAGAUGUUAUGGCAUUGGGUCAGCUUUUACCGCCACCUCUGUCUAGUAUUCGUGAUGUAUUACCGUACUUGAAAUGUCAUGAGAUUGUUGCUGUACUGAGAGAAUGUGUGUGGUGUUACAUGAGGGAUCAUAUUCCAUCCCCAGCACUAUUUGGUUGUGAUUCGAACUUGGUGUAUUGGCGAGAUCCAAUUAUUGCAAGGCCACCUGAGAUGUACACCAAUACCUUGAGGAUAAUAAUGCAGAGGAACAUCAAGUCCUUGGGCCAUAUGUAUGCACAAAUGUUUAUCAAUAUACCAACUCAUGAUACUUGAAUACAGUUUUUUUACUGAACAUU